GCACCCUCGGAUGGGAGCCCUGGAUGUGUGCCCCUUCAUCCCGGUGAGGGCGUCACCAUGGAUGAGUGUGUGCUCUGUGCCCAGGCCUUUGGCCAGCGACUGGCGGAGGAACUGGGUGUGCCGGUGUACCCUCUAUGGGAGGCGGCGCAGACGGCCGGUCGUCGGACCCUCCCAGCCAUCCGGGCCGGGGAGUAUGAGGCCCUCCCUGAGAAGCUCAAGCAGGCCGAGUUGGUGCCUGACUUCGGUCCCAGCUCCUUCGUCCCAGCUGGGAGCCACUGUCACAGGGGCACGGAAGUUCCUCAUUGCGUUCAACAUCAACCUGCUCAGCACCAAGGAGCAGGCCCACCGCAUCGCCCUCAACCUCCGGAGCAAGGGCGCGGGAAGGACAAGCAGGACGCCUGGAAAAAGGUUCAGGGCAUUGGCUGGUACUUGGAUGAGAAGAACCUGGCCCAAGUGUCCACAAACCUCCUGGACUUUGAGGUCACCGCACUGCAUACGGUCUAUGAGGAGACCUGCAGAGAGGCCCAGGAGCUGAGCCUUCCGGUGGUGGGCUCACAGCUGGUGGGCUUGGUGCCUCUGAAGGCCCUUCUGGAUGCCGCUGCCUUCUACUGCAAGAAGGAGAAUCUCUUCAUCCUGGAGGAGGAGCACCGCAUCAGGCUGGUGGUGAACCGGCUGGGCCUGGACUCUCUAUCCCCUUUCAACCCCAAGGAGAGGAUCAUCGAGUACCUGGUCCCCAACAGUGGCCUGAGCAGAGGCCUGGUGAGCAAGUCUCUGUGUGCCUUCGUCCGUGAGGUUGGCGCCCGCUCGGCGGCCCCGGGGGGUGGCUCGGUGGCAGCGGCCAGUGCAGCCAUGGGUGCCGCGCUGGCCUCCAUGGCCGGCCUGAUGACCUAUGGGCGGCGCCAGUUUGAACACCUGGAUGCCACCAUGCGGCGCCUGAUCCCGCCCUUCCACGCGGCCUCCGCUGAGCUGACCGCGCUGGUGGACGCGGAUGCCCGGGCCUUCCAGGCCUACCUGGAGGCAACGAAGCUGCCCAAGGACACACCUGAGGACGGGGACAGGCGUGCGGCUGCCCUGCAGGAGGGGCUGAGGCAGGCGGUGGCCGUGCCCCUGGCGCUAGCAGAGAAGGUGGCCUCGCUGUGGCCCGCGCUGCAGGAGCUGGCACAGUGUGGAAACCUGGCCUGCCGGUCCGACCUGCAGGUGGCGGCCAAAGCCCUGGAGACAGGCGUGUUUGGGGCAUAUUUCAACGUGCUCAUCAACCUGAAGGAUGUCACCGACAGCGCGUUUAAGGAGCAGACCCGCCAGCACAUCUCCAGCCUCCUGCAGGAAGCCAAGACCCAGGCAGCGCUGGUGCUGGACCGCUUGGAGGCCCGGCAGGAGUGAGGACGCCGGAGACCUCGUGGGGCCUCUGCACCCCUCAGUGCCCCUCCCCCUUCCCAGAAGGGUCCAGCCUCGCCCGACAGCACAGGACAGCCUCCAGUCACCACCCCUGUGGGCCCGGGGUGGGCUGGGUGGGGCCAGGGCUCUGGGGCGGCAGAACCGCCUCCCGCCGUCUCUUGUGGCUUCUAGUAAAGUCACGGCAUACCAA